UACGGCGUACGGGGUAUGCGAUCUCUAACCUGCGGACCUGGUAGUACUAAGUCUUCCGCAGUUGAGCCAGGGGCGCUGCGCCGUCUUCGGGAGGCGGCGCGGCUGCUGCACGCGAAGGCGCGUGGCAUCGGUUCGGCGACAGCAUUUUCGAGCUACUCCAUCUUGAAUACAAGCAACGCUCGGUAA